UUGUGGCACAUGGACAUUAGUAACAGGAAAGUACACAUCUUCUACUCAGGGACAGUUACCACACGGUGCCAAGUCUCUGAAGGGGAACACUGCCAAAGUACCAUCCACCAGUGAGAGAAGCAAACUUUCGCAGCAUUCGAGACUAACGUAGCCGCUAUAACGGUUAUUUUCCUAAGACAGUCACAAAGUCUGCUUAACUGAAACCUGUUAAAAAUCUUCGCUAGUUUGCUUUCAUUUAACAAGAAUUAUGGAGAAUACAAGCUGUAAUGGUUCAGACGGACAGGCUGUUACGCACGUUUUGGUGCUGAAUGGAUGCCGGUCAGACAUUGAAUCGUUUCGGACGUUAAAAAUAGUGCUGACAUCUAUAUGUUUACUUGUGAUAUUUCUAUUCAGUAUUGCCGGAAAUAUGGUAGUGUUUUUGAUAUUUUUUAAACGUCCGGCACUUUUAACGAUCUCCAACCGCUUCAUACUAAAUCUGUCUGUGUGUAACUGUCUCAACACCCUGUUUGUCAUGCCGUUUAUGUUCGCCGCCCUUAUAUCGAAGGACUGGAUAUUUGGUGAUGCGGUAUGUCGCGGGACAGGUUUUUUGAUGAAUACGACGUUUGCCGCCAGUACACUGACGCUUGUGGCUAUUUCUAUUGACAGAUACUGUGCUGUAGCUAUGCCCUUGCAUUAUACUAUGAGGGUUACUUCCAAGCGUUCUAUUGCUAUGAUAUUUUCUGUUUGGAGUGGCGCGGUGAUUGCGUCACUUCCGCCAUUGUUGGGAUGGAACAGUUACGUUUACCAGGCGGACAAGGCGUCCUGUACGGUGCUGUGGACGAACAUGGAUCCCUUUGCUCGUUAUUACACGCUGUAUCUUGUGGGUGUCACCUUUAUUCUGCCUCUCAUCGUAUUAGUGGGAUCCUACAUAGCUAUAUUUCGCUCUGCGAAAAACAAUUUUGAAAGAACUAGACGAAAUAGUACAGUACCAUCUAACAGUAUAGACGAUGGGACACAAACUCCGUUGAGGGACGGGAGACGGCGUUCGAGUACGGCACCUAUUUUGGCACGGCGUCUAAGCUCUUCGGGUCGUAUAGGCCCUCUUCCAUGGCAUAAGGACGAGUGGAAGACGGCACUCACUAGCCUACUGGUCGUGUCUACUUUUAUUAUAUGCUGGGUGCCAUACUUUAUCAUCAUAGUGCUAGAAUCGCUACUGUAUGACCCGAACAUUAUCUAUCCUGUACUAGAACUUAUCUCCAUACUUUUAGCUAUGUCGAGUUGUGCCGUCAACCCAUUUGUUUACGUGUUCCGAAGUAAUCUCGCUCGAACACAGCUCAAGAUUAUUCUUGGUCUGAGGAGGGAACGCGAAGAAUACACCAACGAGUCAAGGAGAGGAAGUGUGUGCGCGGCCAUCAAGGAAGGUAUCAUACGACAGAGCAGUACAGAGUCCGAUCUGGACGAGAAAAUUACGCAAAGCGCAGUUCCGCCGCCAAAAAAAUCCACAACACUAACGUCACUGGUUCACGUACCCAGCCUCGCUUCUAUGAGAGCCUGAAAUGUAUGUCAUCAUCCAACCAGGUAGUUUAAUUGUGUAAGUUUUUAAUUGUGUCCAUUAUUUGUUCCAACAUGAUCUCAAAUGUUCUAUAUUUAACAUUUUGAUUGA